CACACGGGCAACCUUAUGUGGCAUCAGGUGGGGAGUUAAUUGGAUUGCUCAGUUUAACCAGGAAUAUCUACUGACACAAAGUUUGCUAACACCCCGCUGUCAUGUCUUCUGAGGACUAUUGGAACAGCUUCAUAGACUGAACACUGAACUGGAUGAAGUCACUUUUCAUUUAUGACUGACGUCUUGCCAUGUCUGACUCACCCUCCCCGAACUUUCUAAACUCAUUUCUACCUCUUGUUGCUUCACUGCUUGUCAAGAGAGGCAGUUUUUGAAGAGAUCAUCCCGAAGGAAAUGCAACCUCCAACUAACCAGAUGAAGGGAGAACUUUGUAUUUAACAGGCAACAUCAGCAAAAGUGAAAUGCUAUCUUAUAUUCAGGGCCAUCGAUCCACUCACCUCCUAAUCUAAUUAGUCACACAGAAAGAAACACGCAUGAACACGGCCAGGCAAAAGCAUACACACAAACACAUCGUUGGUGUUGCUGGUCCUUGCAGCUAAAACAGCUUUACCCAAGUGGGUGUUGAAACUCCAUCUGCACACUAUUAACUCCCAUUAAGAACACCGACCUUGGCUGUGAUCAGACUUGCGUUUGCAUUAGCAGGAGGUGGUGUCACAUCCUGUCCGAUCUGAUUGAGAGUGAAAAUAAGAGCUGAUGUUGGCAGAGUGACCCUGAUAUAUAUCCUAAAAAUAUUACCGCCUGAGGGUGGUCACUCAAAUAGGAAGGAACAGGUCCAUGCGUGCACGAAUGCAUGUGCGUCUGUCCCAUUGUCAGAUCAUAUUAGGGCCAGGGCUGUCUGGGUCAUGUCACUUUGACUGACCUAUAUAAGUCCUGCUGUGAUCAGAAUACACACACAUACACACAAGAUACACAAGAAUUACAGAACUGAAAAUUGCUCUGCAGUGCUCCUACUUGUUACUUACCUGCUACCUAACUUCCUGUUUAGGCCUCAUGUCCCUCACCCAACAAAUAGGGUCUACAAUAUAAAGCUUUAAAGACUCUUUCCUAUUACAUUCCGCAAUCAAAUCCCACAUCUCCAGUUUGGCCUUCUCUUCUGCUCAUGAACACCUUCCCUUCCUUCUCCGCACCUCCUCCCAGCACACCAACUAUCCAGUCAGUGUGUAAGCCCUGCCUACGGGCCCCGUGGAGGAUGAACAAUGUGCCCACACUUGACUACGAGUUGCUGCUGUCCCCAGCCAGCUCCUCCCUCCCCGGCAGCCCUGGUGGUGGCAGCAGCAGCCCCCCUCUGGCCUUGGUUGGGGUGGACAAUGAGCAGCGCACCGCCUUAGCCUUCGUAGGCCUCCUUAUGCUCUUCCUAGUCUUCCUGCUGGUCAGGUGCUUCAGGAUCCUGCUGGACCCCUACAGUCGCAUGCCUGCAUCAUCCUGGACUGACCACAAGGAGGGGUUGGAGAGGGGUCAGUUUGAUUAUGCACUGGUGUAGGGUAACAUGUCAAAAAGGUGUGGAAAGUGGGAUGUUUCAUUGCACAGACAUGAUUUUUCUCAUUUAGAUGUGGGGUUUGACAGUAACAAUGCAUAAUAUUGUGAAUGCACUUAAGGAGGUAUUUUUUUCUGGUGUUGGCAUAAGCCUGGUUUCAUAUCACUGUAUUUCAGCCUGUGUAGUGGUGUAAAUAUGAGACUGCACAACCCGAUGUUACCGUGUUACCACAAGUCUGGUUCAACAAGAGGCACACUGGAAUUGCUGCAAGCCAAACACUCAUCCAGACCCAGAUGUUGGACCAUGAAGGACAGAAAUCAUUAGCUGCACAGCUGCCUUAACAUGACCACUGUACCAGUCUAACAUGCCACCAUGUCUCACAAUAUCUCUUUAGGCCUUGUCAGUAUUAGACUACAGUUUAAUUUUGGGAACACCACCUUCAAUCACAAUAUCUGUUUAUAACCUCAAAGCUAGUUUUUGAAAUGAGAGCACUAAAACACAGGAAGAACUGGUGGAAUUUACGCUUAAGCAGAUGCCCCUUUAAUGAAUGAAGGUCCAUUAUAAAGCAUCAAGGUUUAAUGUGCUGAUCAAGGAGCACAAAUCUUCACAUUUUUUUGUUGACUCUAAUUUCAGACACUGAUCCUCAAGCAGCACUGCAGUUUCAGAUGCUUUUUAAGGACCAGCAGUUAGUCUCCAUGAAAUCUGUGUAUGUUUUGUGUGUUAGUGUCUAUAACUAAGAAGCCAUAUUGAAACUAUAUAUGUAUAUAUAUAUAAAAAUAUCUCUUAUUA